AUGUCACUUUUGUUUUCGAUGAAGCGCCAGUCGAUCACUGCGCAUGCGCACCAACCUUCACCUCCCUCGUCACGUCUUAAUGUUUGUACUCUGUUUACUUUGAACUUCAAUCUUGACGCAUGUGUGUGACCGACACCUCUCGGUCAGAUGAGGGGUGGUGGUCGCCGGGUGUGUGCGGUCGUCGUGGCCGCCGUGUGCGCGCUGCUCCUCUCGCCUCCGUGUUGUCGACGCGUCCGCUCGGACGAGACCCGCCACGGGUCGAACGUCUCCGCGGUUCACUUCGACUCGUUCACACGACAGUUCCACCGGGACUACGAGGCGGACGGAGAGGAAUGUCACCGGCGGCGGCGCUAUUUCCGGGAUGCCACAAAGCGACAUGCAUUCCUGAACUCAUUCUCCACGGCACCACAGUCUGCGAAGUACGGCAUCAACCAGUUCUCUGACCUCUCACAGAAAGAAUUCAGAGAUCUCUACCUGCGAGCGAGCUCCGACCGAGCGCCGCUCUUCUCUGGCCCGAAGACAGAUCGGCUCCCGGCCAAAUUUGACUGGAGGGACCGGGCAGCGGUGGCACCGGUCCAGAACCAACUAGCCUGCGGGAGCUGUUGGGCAUUUAGUGUGGUCGGUGCCGUGCAGUCCGCCCACGCCAUCGGAGGCUCGCACGUGGAGCUGCUCAGUGUACAGCAGGUUCUGGACUGCUCCUUUAAAAAUGAAGGCUGCAAUGGAGGCUCCCCAUCCAGGGCUCUGAACUGGUUAAAACAAACAGGGGUGAAAUUGGUGCCACAGUCUGAGUAUCCCUACAAAGCCAAGUCGGGAAUCUGCCACUUCUUCUCCCAGUCACAUGACGGCGUUUCCGUGAAGAGCUUCACUGCACAUGACUUUGGCGGUCAAGAGGAGGCAAUGAUGGGUCAGCUGCUGGAGCGCGGUCCUCUGACUGCUGUCGUGGACGCCGUCAGCUGGCAGGAUUACCAGGGAGGAAUCAUCCAGCACCACUGCUCCAGCCAGUGGUCCAACCACGCCGUGCUGGUGGUCGGAUACGACGCGACCGGGGAUAUUCCACACUGGAUUGUGCAGAACUCCUGGGGAACCACAUGGGGGAACGAGGGCUACGUUUAUAUCAAAAUUGGUGGCAACGUUUGUGGUAUUGCAGAUUCUGUGGCAGCAGUUUUUCUGUAACAACAUUAUGUAUAUUUGUGUGUGAGUGUGUGUGUGCGUGUGUGUGUGCGUUUUGAUGGCUGCCAAAAUUUGAAAUCAGUCAUCUCCCUUCAAAAUGUCAUUUUAAAUAAUGUUUCUUUUUAUUGAAAUGUCAACAUCUUGCAUCAGUAAAACAAAAUAAAUCACUUCACAAGUUGAUAAAUGUUGGUUCAUAACUGAGCGACUAAAACACACACACACACACACACACACACACACACACACCCCCCACUGUAAAAUCACCAACAGGAAUAGAUGCACUGUACAAAAUAUGUAUCUUAAAUACAUAAGGUUAUACACUUCAUGGGUUAUAUAACUCUAAUUUGUCUAUACAGAGAUCAAUUAAUCAAUGCAUAAAUACAAAACAU